AUGGCUUCCAUGCCUUCUUCCACCCGUCCCGAAGACGAUGGACCUCCCGCCGCCUCCGAGCCAGCAGUCGCUGAACAAACCAUCACCGUACAGGUCCUGUCACCGUCUGUUGGCGUAAACCGACCUCUACUGUUCCCUAGUCUUGCUGCCAGCACCACAGUCAAACAGCUCAAGGACAAGAUUCGCCAGAGUCUUCCUUUGCGCCCUGCUGAUGACCACCAGCGAUUGAUUCAUCGUGGGCGUGCAAUUGUCCGCGAGUCGGAUACGCUGCUUGAUAUCUUUGGCCCUGAUGCGAUUCGUACUGCCGAACAGCAAACGAUCCAUCUAGUUGUACGCGACAUGCGUGAUAGUCAAUCUUCAACUCCGAGUGCACCCUCCGCGCCACCAUCUCUGGCUGCUCCCGUUCCUGCGCCAUCUCAAGCUCCAGCGCGCGGUCCCAGUCCAAUUGCUUCUGCACCCCCGACCAAUCCGCCGCGACCACAACCACAACACCCGUACGGCCAGCCGCCUGGCUACCAAAUUCCACCCGGCCUUUCCUGGCGGAACACAAUGCCUCCAACCUCCAAUCCGUUCCCUCAACCACGUAUGCCGUCACCUUCACCUUCUCACACCCCCGAGCAAGCUGCGGCCUUCCAACACCAACAUCAGAACAUGACACAGUGGUUGACCAACAUUCAGCGAGAGGCCAUGGCAAGAGCACUGAACCAGAACCAACGCACAAGAGCUCAAAUGGGAAUGCGCGGCGUUGGGGACAAUGGCGUUGGCGGACACGUUCCUGGAGUUGACAACAGUGGCCGAGCAAGCCCAGCCCCCGGCCAGACCAUCUAUCGAGAGCAUAUUGGACCCAACGGGCAUACAUACCAGGUUGAGACUGUGGUUCGAACCGUUGGUACUGGGCAACAGGGUAAUGGAAGCGUUGGUGGCUCUAUAUCCCCCGCUGAUGUGCAGCAUAUCAUUCGAAGUGCUGAUGUCACCCAAGCCACAUCGGCAAGGGCCAGUGCGAUGCAACGGAGUGCGUCAAGCACUUCUCUUCACAACCGCCCCUUGGGCCAACCUGGAGCGAUGGCGCCCACAUACUCUAUUCCUCAUCCUAUCGCUGGUAGCGGACGAGGGACUCCCGACCCAGCCCUCAAUCGUCUCACUACUGCUGCAGGACCCGGAAGCUCUCAAGCCAGGCAAGGCCCUGAGGUGUACAUUCUUUCAUCACCCGAAGGCCCAAGAGCUUUGCUCUUCAACAAUGCGAGCUCUGAGACAUAUUAUACCCCACGACUUCGUACUCAGACCAGCCUUCCUCAACUUCGACAAGCUGCUGCUUUCAGUGCAAUCCAGGACGCACAAAACCAGUUCCGAGCUAGACAUCAUCAUCACCACCACCAUCACCAUCCCCGCUCCCAUGUGACGCCGCAGCCGUUGGCCCAGAUUCAACCUCAGCUACAACCUCUACACCAACCACGCCUACAGCCUUUGCAGCAGCAGCAGCCAUACCAACCUGUGCCUCAGCAGGACCCUGCACAAGUGGCACAGAUUCAGGGCCAGGGCCAAAACCAGGCACAAGAACCAGACCCUGCAGCAUUCAUGGCUCCUUUAAUGCACCGUGGUAAUCCACCCAUGGCUGCACUUCCGCCUUUACUCAUGCAGUUUUGGCCACACCUCUGGCUUUUGUUUCGUUUGGCUCUAUUUGUCUAUUUCUUUACUUCCCCUAACGCGAGUUGGUCCAGAUGGUUUACUAUUAUUGUUAUCGCUGUGUUUAUCUUCGUGCUUAGCACCGGAGUCCUGAACGGGGUCCCCGAUCAUGUUUGGCGGCCUUUGGGACGGCACCUUGAGAACUUGAUCCCUUUGGAGCCGAGACGUCGACAGGAUAUCGCUGGACCGGAGCAGCAGGAUGAACAACCUAGACAAGAUCCCGAUCCAACAGAAAUGGCAAGGCGACUAGUGGCGCAACAUCAAGGACAGGACAACUGGGUUCUUUCUCAAGUCAGACGCCUGGAACGAGCCGGCCUCUUGUUUCUAGCCAGUAUUGCACCCGGGGUUGCGGAAAGGCAUAUUGCCAAUCUGGAGGCAGCCGCACGAGCUGAAAGAGAGCGCAGGGAGGCCGAGACGAGAGAAGCUGAGGCGGCGGCAGCGGCAGCAGUAGCGGCUCAGAGCGACGAGAACAGUGGCAGCAGUGACAGCCGAGUUGAGAAUGGAAACGAAGGAACGAAUGCCAGUACCAUUACGGAUGGAGAUCAAAGUAAUGUGCAGAGAACACAUGAGAACGAAGGACCGCUGGUUGAGGAGCAAGGAGUUCAGGAGGAUAAUCAGCGAAAUGAGCAGGCCAGGGAACAGCUUAUUCCCUUGUAG